UAGGGGGAGACGCCACCGAGAGAGUGGUGGGGCGGAGGGAGUUAACGCGAGGUCGCCAUGGUGGGAGGCGUCAUGCGCGCGGCCGCGAAGGUCGGCAUCGCAGGGGGCGCCGCGGCGGCGAAGGGUGGCGGCCGCUUCCGCCACGGCGCGCCCGCGCUCGCCACGGCCCCCGCCGCCUCCGAGGCGACGCCGCUGGUCUCUGCCUCGGCUGGCGAGGUGCCCCCCGCGGCGGCGCAGUGGGCGUCGUCCUGGGAGGUGGACGACUGGGAGCUAGCGGACUGGAGGGACGACGCCGCGGCCGUUGCGGUGGCGGUGGCGGAGGAGAAGCCGAGGCUGGUGUUCGCGCCACCGUCGAGGGAGGAGGCCGAGGAGGCCACCACCGAGCUCAGAGACGCCAUAGAGAGGAUUUAUUUUAAUGAGUCUCCAGUAGAGGUUGUUAAGGAACAGGAUAAGGAGGUUGACAUUAACAAGCUGGCAACGGAUGCAAUAAUUCCUUCUAUGCCUGGGCAUGUUGUGCAAGCUUUUACAUUGCUGAAAUCAAGCCCAGAGGCUCAGAGUGUUGUCGCCUCCCUUGCAUCCGAUAGAAACGUCUGGGAUGCAGUAUUGAAGAAUGACAAGGUUAUGGAAUUUUACAAGACCCACCAGCCAACUCUAGUUCAGACUUUCCCUGAGGACACUGCCACAGUUGAGUCACCUGAAAAUGCAUCCCAUGGGGAACUGCCUACCGGCUCACCUUUCUCUGAGUUUGUGGAUAACGCGAAGAGGACGGUGGUGGAGCUGGUCCACAAUAUAACCCACUUCUUCCAAGACAUGUUCCGGAAUCCAGGAGAAGCCCAGGCCGGAGCAGGCUCGUCAGCUGAGAAGGGCCCUUCUUUCGCGGAGAUGGCUGCUGGCGGAUCCUUGGUGGCUCUGACCAUAGCGGUCAUCCUAGUUCUUCUGUUCAAGAGGGCGUGAUUAGCUCUUGCCUCCUGGGACUUAUCGUAGUUUAAAUCUGUCGAAAAUUACUCGUCUAUGGUAUGGUUAAGAACUACGAAUGUUAUGUACAGCUUUGUCCUUGGUAUCUAUCGAUGGCUAGUGGAAACAGUAUCAAUAAAAGACAAUGUGUGCUAUAUAAUGUUUUUUAAUCUUAUCUGAACAAUUGCUUGGUA